CGGCAUCGCCUCCGCCCAGCUGCCAUCUGCCCGCUGCAACUCCUGGAUGGCAUUCAACAGCUCAAGAAAAUCCCAGCGCUCCUCCCCAGCCACAAAUCGCUUGCACGUGGGGCCCAAUAACGCGGUGUCCACUGCAACCGCCAACGCUGCACACAGUGGGGGCGAGCAAGGCGACCACGGUGGCGAUAGAGACGCGCGAUUUUUACUCUUCGCGGUAACCGAUUCUUGUAAACGCAAGAGCUCCAUGCGGCCACCGGCCACGGUUCGGCAAUGGUAGUUUCGUCACACUUCCUCUGACCUCUGCUCCACCGCUCGCCCAUGGUGCUAGCAUGGUAGGAGGUCUAGUUCUGUCCCAGGCGCAGACGCACCAGGCCGCCACGCCAAGAACCGCCGCACCGGCGCCGGCGCCGGCUCAGGCGUUGGAGAAGAGGCCGAGGGACCAGGCGCAGCCAUGCGGCACAGUGGCGGCGGCUGCGGCCGUCUCGGUCUCGGCGCCGAGUUUGGACGAGGUCAGGAAGGUGCACGCGCGGCACAUCAAGCUGGGCCUCGACCGGUGCCCGCGGUAUGCGCGGCCGCUGCUCGCGGCGUGCGCGGUCUCGGGCUGGCCGGGCGGCAUGGAGCUCGCGGCGUCCAUCUUCGAGUCGCUCGUCGAGCCGGAGGCCUUCGAUUACAACACCCUGAUGCGCGGCCACGUCAGCGGCGGCGGUGGCGACCGCGAUCCGGCGGCCGCGCUGCGCCUGUACAUUGACGGGCUGGAGGCGGGCGUCAGCCCUGACAGCUACACGUUCCCGUUCGUGCUCAAGGCGUGCGCGCAGUUGGCGGCAUUGCAAGAAGGGAGGCAGCAGUUGCAGGCGCACAUCGUGAAGCUCGGGUUCCAGCACGACGAGCACGUGCAGAACAGCCUGAUCAGCUUCUACGGCAAGUGCGGCGCGCCGGCGAUGGCUCGUCUGGCGUUUGACCGGGUGGAGGCCGAGGAGCGAACGACGGUUUCCUGGAGCGCACUCCUCGCGGCGUACACGAAGGCAGGGCUGUGGGGCGAAUGUCUCGCGUCGUUCGGCUCGAUGAUGCUCGAUGGGUGGAGGCCCGACGAGAGCUCCAUGGUCAGCGCGCUCUCGGCGUGCGCGCACCUAGGAUCCUUCGACGCCGGGCGGAGCGUCCACUGCGCGCUGCUGAGGAACACCGCGAGGCUGAACACCAUCAUGCUGACGUCCCUGCUGGACAUGUACGCCAAGUGCGGCAGCAUCGAGAAGGCCGCGGCGGCGUUCGACGCGAUGGAUGACAAGAGCGCGUGGGCGUACAGCGCCAUGCUAUCCGGCCUGGCGCUGCACGGGGACGGGCGGAAGGCGCUGCAGGUGUUCGACGCGAUGGUCCGGGAGGGCCACGCGCCCGACGCGGCCGCGUACGUCGGCGUGCUGAACGCCUGCAGCCGCGCCGGGCUGCUCGAGGACGGCCUGAGGUGCUUCGACCGCAUGCGGCUGGAGCACAAGGUCGCGCCCAACGCGCUGCACUACGGCUGCAUGGUGGACCUGAUGGCCCGCGCCGGGAGGCUGGACGACGCGCGCGCGCUCAUCGGGACCAUGCCCACGGGGCCGACGGACACGGCCUGGCGAAGCCUGCUGAACGCGUGCCGGAUCCACGGCGACCUGGAUCUCGCCUGGCACGCCCUUCAGGAGCUCAGGCGCCUCGGCGCCGCCAACGCCGGCGACUACGUUAUCGUCGCGGACAUGCACGCCAGGGCCAAGAAUUGGACCGCUGCCGCCGCGCUCCGGACAGAGGCGGUGGACUCGGGCCUCGCGCAGUCCCUCGGGUUCAGCGCCGUGGAGGUGCGCGGGGAGCUGCACCGGUUCGUGUCGCAGGACAUGGCGCACCCGCGGACGCGCGACAUCUACGAGAUGCUCCACCAGAUGGAGUGGCAGCUGCGGUUCGAUGGCUACAAACCUGACACGUCGGAGGUGGCGCUGGACGCGGGCGAAGAGGAGAAGGGGCGCGUGGUCGCGGCGCACAGCCAGAAGCUGGCCAUGGCGUUCGGCCUGCUCAGCACGCCGGAGGGGGCGCCGGUGAGGGUCGUGACCAACCUCCGGAUGAGCAAGGAAUGCCACGCGUACAGCGCCCUGAUCUCGGAGAUCUUCGGGCGGGACAUCGUCAUCAGGGACAGGAACCGGCUCCACCGGUUCAGUAGGCCUCAGGUCGAACCACCACCAAGCAGCCCAACCCGGACGAAACCAAGGCGAAACCAAGGCGACGCCAUCGACGAGCUCAGCGACGCCGGCGCCGUAGCGAAAGCACCCGCGCUUCGUCGAGAAAUGGAAGGUGUUGCUAUCUGAAGAUGACCAAAGCAUGCUAGAGAAGAAGGUAGAAGAGGUGCAGUCUUGGAUCUUCAGCUUCAAGAGUGUUGAUGGAGGGGGAAGCGACAUAGUAGUGAUUUGAAGUAUUAGAAAAACUUUGUUAGAGAUUUCUCAACGCUUUCUGGAGUGUUUCAGAGUGUUCUACUCUUAGCUGGUGGUUCAACUUUGCUGGGAGGAAAAAUUCUGGAGGUUUUUCUUUUUCUUUUUGGAGGAGUUCAUGGCUCCUGUGUGCUGUCAAUAUUACUUCUAGCUGAUCGGUUCACUGAUUGAAUCUUGGCUAUGCUAGUCUAUAGGUUUCUUUA